AAAGGUUCUUCAAAAUGUAAACAAACCUAGCAUAGCAGUGAACAAAAACGAAAGAGUUGUUAGCGUUGAUUCACUUACAGCAGUAAGCGCAGAUAUAACCAGCGGACAUCCCAGUAGAACGUUGUAUUCAUUUAAAAUGGACGUGCGUACUAGGCCCACAACUCUGUCUUCUCAGAUGAGAAAUUUUGGAUCUUCAGUGAAAUCUGCAGUUUUUAUUGUUGGAACAUCUAUAUUACUGCUGGCUGCUGCUAGAAAUUCAUUAACUUGGCACCUACAACAUAUUUGGGGAGUCUCACACAACUUUUGGCAAACAGUGUGGCUUUCAUUUAUAAGUAUGUUCGCAAGUGAAAAAUCUCUUUUCUUUGGAGGUACUGCAAUUGUGACGUUGGUUUCAUUCUGGAGUUACAAUAUUUUUCUCCUUUUUGUGGAUAUUACUGGUCGACCGAAAUUUUUACAGGCCUACAAAAUACAAGAAGAUAAGAAUGUUCCAGUUGAUAUAAAGAAGGUCAAAAAGGGCAUUUUAGUUGUGGUGCUGAAUGAAGUGAUGGGUGGUGCCUUUCUUUACCUCUGCUACCCUCUGUUUUUAUGGCGUGGAGUGUCCUGUGGUCCAGAACUGCCCACGUUUCAGUGUGUCCUUCUACAUCUUGUUGCUUGUGUGUUGGUGGAGGAAGUUUUGUUCUACUACAGUCACAGGUUGCUGCACCACCCAAAAUUAUAUAAACACGUUCACAAAGUUCAUCAUGAAUGGACGGCUCCUAUUGGCAUCGUCGGACUGUAUUCCCAUCCUAUUGAAAACAUUCUUUCAAACCACAUCCCUGUAUUCUGUGGUCCACUUUUAGUUGGUUGCCAUGUUUCUACUAUGUGGUUAUGGAUGGCAAUGGCAUUGCUGAACACCUCAAACUCACACAGUGGUUAUCACUUCCCUAGCUUUCCAUCAGCUGAGCAACACGACUACCAUCACCUCAAAUUCAACCAGUGCUAUGGGGUGCUUGGUAUUCUUGACAGACUCCACAACACCGAUGGUCAGUUUCGUGCAAGUAAGAACUACCAGCGGCAUAUCAUGUACUUUGGGUUGACACCACUCAAACAGGUUUUUCCAGAGGAGGUGCCCGAAAAAUCAGCUAAAGGCGAAUAGUAAAUCAAUUAAUGCUUUUUUGUUGGUCCCUUUUUCUUUUGUUUGCCUUAUAUUAAUAUGAUGUUAUGAAUAUGUAAAACUGUUCUUCAACUAUAUUUUCCAAAACUACAUUAAAGCACUUUUGUUUUUGUGUGCUGUGUGACUUGUGAAUGAUUUCAAUGUAAAAGCAUGGUGGUUUUGUUGAUACCUGAACUAAUGAUGUUGAUGUGCUUGUGUUAUAUUCAGCAUAUUUGUCUAAUGUGAAUACUGAUCACAUUGAGUCUGUAGAGUAAACUACCGCAUACAAAAGAAAUUAAUAUAGCAAUGAUUUAAGUCAAAACAGUUCAUAAUAAACGCUAAAACGAGAUUAACUACUUUACCAGCUGUGUUGUGUUAAUGUAACUGAAGAACUUAUAUGUAAAAAAGUAAUUUAAUAUAUGUUUUAAAAUUUGCGUGAUAUAGCACUUUCUUUAACUCAUGUGUUAUGGUUUUCCAUUACUACACGUAUACCGCUGUGGUUUGUUUUAAGUGACGUUAAACCGCUGUAUCAGCCCCUUUAUCGGUAAUAUAAUAAAUUUCAUAAUGUAG